AGAAAUAGCUCCACUCAGUGCAGGCAUUCUAGGAUUGCUUCUCCCAAAGUGAUCAGCCUUGCCGUACAUUAGUAUGACUCCAGCGACCGACCGACCGAUGCGAUACCGAAAUUAGACGACUUUUCUUUCUAAACGGUCGCUUGUCGGAACUGCCGAUUCACUGACCACUCGAGAGACAGCUUACACAGGGAGUCCCCAGUGAUAGCUGUUGGUGCCGCACGCAGACGUUAUAUACAGCUGGAAACGCUGCCCAGUGUGUGUAUGGUUUGGGUGUUCAAUCAAUAACGCUGGUUUUACUAUACAUGCAGUGUGUACAACACUCCUCUUGUAUGUUGAAGUGUAGGGACCGAUAGUCAACUGCAAGUGGUAGAAAAGAAAAAGGAAAAGGUUGGUUGACAUCUCGGUACAUUUUGAUAUUCGGUUUGUUUUGUGGCCGAUAUACAAAUUGAAGGAUAUUCUAAGCAUAUGAAUUGAAAGUGUGUCUGUAAAUUUUAGUCUCCACACAUAUUGAGAGAUGUUCAGCUACAAGUGAAAGGAAAAUAGAAAGAAAAUAAUAUUAAAUGACAACUAGGCACAUUUUAUGAACUACGGGCUAUACAUUUUAAUCUACAAAGAUAUUGAGGGAUGUUCAGCUGUAUGUGAAAGGAAAAUAAAAAGAAAGGAAUAUUUGACAAUACAUAGACACAUUUUAAAACCACAGCUGUACAUUUUAGUCUACAAACAUUCAGCUAGAUGUACAUGUGAAAGAAGAAAAAGAAAAAAAGGAAAGAAGAAAAAGAAAGAAAAGGAAAGAAAUAUUUAACGACGCCUCAGCACAUUUUGAAAUUACAGCUAUUUUGGUGGCUAGCUUAUGUUUAUUUUCAACACUGGAUAGCAGCUGUAUGUGAAACGACAAGAAAAGAAAAGGAAUAUUUACCACAUUUUAAAAUUACAGCUAUUUUGGUGUUUAGCUUACAUUUAUAUUCAACACUUUGGUUCAUAGCAGCUGCAUGUGAAUCAACAAGGAAAGAAAAGGAAUAUUUAGCAACGCCUCAGCACAUUUUUAAUACUACGGCUAGUUGGUGUCUAGCAUAUGUUUAUAUUUGACACUUGGGUCGAUAUUAGCUGCAUGUGAAUGACUUGAGCGAGAGGAGAGAUACACACACUCACACUUGGAUGAGUUUCACAGAUGUACCAUUCAUUGGGUUCCCCCCUGUGUGUGAUCGGUGCUAGUAAUGACAUGGAGUAGAUCCUCGUGUAUUCGCACAAGAUGCCUCGACUCCAUUACAGAAACCUUGGCAAGUCAGGACUCAAAGUAUCAAACAUUGGUUUUGGAACAUGGGUGACAUUUGGAGGACAGGUUUCAGAAGAGGUGGCAGAGGAGUUGUUGACUUUGGCCUACGAAAGUGGCAUUAAUUUCUUUGACACGGCAGAGGUGUAUGCCGCUGGAAAGGCUGAAAUAGUUCUUGGUAAAAUUCUGAAGAAGAAGACAUGGAGGAGAUCCAGUUACAUAAUUUCUACAAAGAUUUACUGGGGUGGAAGAGCUGAAACGGAGAAAGGUUUAUCCCGAAAACACAUUGUAGAAGGUUUAAAAGGAUCGUUGGAAAGACUACAACUGGAAUAUGUUGAUAUCGUCUUCGCUAACAAGCCCGAUUCACGCACACCAAUGGAAGAAGUUGUGCGAGCCUUCACUCACGUCAUCAACCUGGGCUGGGCUCUCUACUGGGGGACGUCGCGGUGGAGCCCCAUGGAGAUCAUGGAAGCAUACUCUGUAGCCCGGCAGUUCAACCUCAUUCCACCGGUGGCAGAACAAGCAGAAUAUCACUUCUACCAGAGAGAGAAAGUGGAAAUUCAGCUGCCAGAGCUGUACCAUAAAAUAGGCAUUGGAACUAUGACGUGGUCUCCACUUGCAUGUGGGAUUCUAUCAGGAAAAUAUGAUGAUGGUGUUCCCAUUUACUCCCGAGCUGCCCUCAAGGGCUACUCGUGGCUGAAGGACAAAGUUCUGGGAGAAGAUGGCAGGAGGCAGCAGGCUAAGCUGCGUGAGAUAGCCAUCAUUGCAGAGAGGCUAGGCUGCUCACUAGCGCAGCUGGCGAUUGCGUGGUGUGUACGUAGUGAUAAUGUACACUGUGUGUUACUCGGGGCUUCCUCCACCGACCAACUCUAUGAAAACAUACAGGCACUGCAGUACGUGCCCAAACUAACGACAAAUAUUAUGAGUGAAAUGGACAAAUUGCUAGGCAACAAGCCCGUCUACAAGAGGGAGAAUGUCAACAGUAUUUCCAGUGUCAAGGCAGAGAACUUGGGAAAAGUUGGCAAAAUCAGGGUAAAGUCGGGAAGUUUCAUGCAUAAUUUAUACGAACCAGAGUUUGUUCGGGUGAAAAAAUCUUCAAUUUGACCACCCAUUUCGAAACAAAAUUAACUGGAUUAUCAACUUCAAUUUGGUCACCCAAAAGUAACCAUAUUGUGAUCUUCAGUUUGAAAACAAAAAUAGGCAGAUGGCAAAAAUAUGCUUCUCUUUUACCACUGUCUGUAAUCUGUAAAUUAAAAUGUUCACAGUAAUUUACUUUUAACAUAAAAUAUAACCAUGCUGUGAUGGAAUGAACAUAACUUCAUAAAAUCAUGAUGCUUUUGGAGUGUCAGUUUACCAGCAAAGGGUAUUUAAUAAUCAGUCACUCUAUGAUUCAUCACCAGGGGACACUGGUGUGGUCAUCAGCAAGGGAGAUAAUUCAACCCUGUUUAACAUUCACUUCACUAGCAGAGGAGAUAAGUGCAAUUUAUUGUACAGUCACCAUCAUUUCAUUGACAGGGGACAUAGCUUGUUUCUUGUUGCAGACGGGGAACAUAACUAGUUUCUUUAAAGUUGUUGGUUUAACUUUGGCGUAUAUGAAUCAUUAUGAACAUUUAAAAACAAGUUUACCAAAUAUACUAAUUUGCAAUAUGAAAUUGAUGUUUCUUCAGAGGACAUUCCUGACCAGUGUACUGUACUUUCAACUAAGGCCCAAAACACACCAAGCUAUGAGUCUGGAUGCUAUGGUACAAGAUUAAAAAUCUGAAUGCUAUGGUACAAGAUUAAAAAGAAACACAUUGAAUCAAAGAUGACAAAACACACAAUGUCUGUGGUGACAUGAACUACUGGUUGGGGCGAGACAUAGCCCAAUGGUAAAUUGCUCUCUUGAUGAACAGUCCGUCUAGGAUCGAUCUCCGUUGGUGGGCCCAGUGGGCUAUUUCUCGUCUCAGCCAGUGCACCACGACUGGUGUAUCAAAUGCUGUGGUAUGUGCUAUUCUGUCUGUGGGAUGGUGCAUAUAAAAGAUCCCUUGCUUCUAACUGACAAAUGUAGUGAGUUUCAUCUAUAUAUCAAAUUAUCAAAUGUGUGACAUCCAAUAGCUGAUGAUUAAUAAAUCAAUCUAUUGCAACAGCAUCAGACUAACCAGACCCAGAUCAAAGUUUGUUUUGUUUAACGACAUCACUGGAGCACAUUGAUUAAUUAAUCAUCGGCUAUUCGAUGUCAAACAUUUGGUAAUUCUGACUCCUAGUCAUCAGAGGAAAUCCGCUACAUUUGUCUUAAUGCAGCAAGGGAUCUUUUAUAUGCACUUUUCCACAGACAGGAAAGCACAUACCACGGCUUUUGACCAGUUGUGGUGCACUGGUUGGAAAGAGAAAAAACCCUGAUCAGUUGAACGAAUCCACUGAGGCAAGAAGCACCUCAGGCAAACACUAAACCAUCUGAGCUAAAUCCCACUCCCAAGUCCCAGAUCAAGUCCCUGACACUAUCAUAACAUAUUUCUGGGGCAAUAAAAAAACAAAAACACUUCAAGUGAAUGGAAAUGUAUAUUCCAAAUAAUAAAAUGUAAGUAAAGUGCAAUUUUAUUUGUGAGGAAAUGGGUUUAAUAGCGAAAAACAACGGCGUAAUGGUUAACAACUAGGGGUGUCUCUUUAAGGAUGCUGACACGUUUACAGUUGAACAGUUCUCUGAAUUUAAUUACAUUUGGUCUAAUAACAAAACAAAAAAACAAACAAAAAGUCCCAGCUUCUGUGUCUUUUGGGACUAAGGAGAUUAAAUUUUUUUUUUAAAAUUAAGUUGCAUAUGAAGAUCAUGUUCUUGCCUAGAAUAUCAACAUCUGUAUUUUCAAUGUGUUUCUGGUUAUCCUAAUGCUUGUAAUAACUCCAACCAAAGUUCAUGUCCUAAUUUGUUAAGUUUACAUAUGAAUUGUUUGAGGGUGUAUACUACCAAAUCAAAUCCCAUAGACGACAAUAGUAACAUAUGUGGCUAAAACUCCUACCUGCAGCAUAUCAAUCGACACAAAACACCACAGAUAUAAAUGCUACCACCCCUCACCCUUAAAGUGAACCAGAAUAAAUUGGGGGUCAAAUUGCACAUUUCAGAGAUAACGGAUAGCAUCUAUGACUACCCUAGUUCCUCAAAUCAUUUGAGUACUUUUUUUUACAUGUUCCCCAUACAUGUUUCAAGCACAAGGCUACUUG